GAUGAGACAGGAAAGGAGGCUGGACUGGGCUGGGCUGGGCUGUUCAAGGAAACUUUCACUGAAACUACAAACUUGAGGACUGGAAAAUGAAAUUGUCAGACAUCCUUUCCAAUUCAUACAGUAUUCAGUUUACAUGUAGCCAGGCAGACAAACUUGUUUAUCUGGUGACAAGUCAAUUCUCAAGAACAUAAUUUUCAAUAUAUAUAAAUAAUUCCUUACAUAUUAUCCAUACAUACAUUUUGCAAGGAUUAUGAUGACCAGAAUGACACUGGCUGUCAGUAGAGACCUUAUGUGACAAACCUUGACAAAUGAGUAAGAAGAUAUUCGGUUCUUAUCAGACAGUUGGCACUAGGAGGUUGCUGGUUCCCAAUGAUUUAAUGUUAAAGGCCAUUGGAUGCUGCCUUAGGAAACUGGAUUCUAUCUCUGGCUCUGUGAAAAGGUCGUCUAAAAAGAAGUGACAGUUAUGGAAGGAAAUGGAAAAACUCCUACGUCAGGUCAUCUGAAUUUUCGCAUACCAAAGAAGAAACCUAACUCGAAGUCAGAGGAUGUCCAUCUUCAGUCCCCUUUGUCAAGGCUGACAGACUCCCACCAAUGGGAUUGCCCUUUACAAGAGUGGAAAUUAAGGACACGGAAUCAAGAGUCUUCUCUAAAAUGGAAAAGACAAAGGGACUUCGAUAGACCCCGCUUCAUUGGUGAAGGAUCAACAAUUGGGCAACCCAAAGUUAUGUUGACGAAUAUCCUGAGGACAGAAAUAGGAAGAAAAUAUACACAGAGCCUGCUUAAAACUGAUGCUAAUUUAUCUGCUGUUGACAAGUUGCAAACAGAUCGACCAACCUCAUCAUCCGUUGCCAGCCUAGAGAUAUUGCAAAUAUUAAGUCCUCCUCUCCAAAGCCUUUUUAUAUCCAAAAGGCAACCCAAAGUUAUUUUGAAGAAUGUCCUGAGGACGAAAAUUGGAAGAAAAUACAUAAAGAAACAGCUUAUAACAGAUGCUAAUUUAUCUGAUGCUGACAAGUUGCUAUCAGGUCAACCAACUUCAUCUAUUGCCAACCUGCAGACAUGUCAUAUAUUAAGUCCUCCUCAUCAAAGCCCUUUUAUAUCUAAAAGGUAUGAAUGGCACAGGAAGAAGACAGAUGACAGUCUUAUGAAAUUGGCUGAACCUUCUAAAGAAGCAGAAAGCAAUAAUGCUCUCUUUACUGUAAGAAGAUAUAACCAGCAGAAGAAAGAAAAUAAGGAAAGUGAUCCGCAAGAUAAGGAAACCAAAAUCUCGAACUAUACCUCUCUUGGUUUGAGAGAACCAAGUUGUCUGAAUUCCGAGAAGAGGAAAAGAAGACUUAGUGGCUAUUUUUCUGAUGAGAGUAAUGCAUGUUCCCCAGGAAAAUUACCAUCAUCUUAUAAAGAAGAAAGGAUAGUUUCAACUCAGGUCUGCAGAUCUAACCUGAUUCAGAAAAAUAUUUCCCUGGUUGUAGAGGCAGAAUGUAAAGAAUCAUCCAUCCAUGACCAGUUGGAACCAGCUCUCAGCUGUGCAAAGGAACACUGCCUAGAGGCUGCUCCCAGGAGUUUGUUGCAGAAGCAGUAUUCUGCCACCAGUGAGGAUGUCAGGAUUUCCCCUCUAGUUGGCACUUCUGGUAAAAAGAAGAUGGACAUGUCAGAAUAUCUGAGCAAGUUGCGCAGCAGAGUUCGCGAUGACAGUCAGUCAUUUGUUUCAGCUGAGCCAAUUGUUCUUUCCAGUGAUGAUGAAGGAUCUUCUGAACCAAAACACCCAGAAGAGCUGGAUCUGCAGCAUGUGCAUGAUGGCACAUCUGACAAUAAAAAAAUAGAGCAAGAGCCUAAGUUACCUUUGGCAGAAGAGCUAUUGCAAGAUGAAAUCGAAGAUGAAGAACAGCCUUGUGUUCCAGCUGUACCACUUGAAGAUGACUCUUCCACAGACUUACCUUCCUGUGACGCAUGCAGUAAACAGAUAGGGCCAGCAUUAGAUAUUAAGCUUGCUACACUGUAUAUAGGAAAUAUAAAAGGAACAUCAACAGGUUAUGUUACGUUUACUACAAGAUAUAUUAAUAUCCCAUUUGAAGUGGCUCUUAAUAAGAAUAUAGAGUUGUCAGUGGAUACUGUACACCUAAGAAAGUUUGGCCUGUGGAGGAGUAAUGAAGACUGUCACUCUUCAAGGAGUAACACUUUCAUUUUCCUUUGGCUGUCUGCAGACUACGUAAAAAAGAUCGAAGCCCAAUUAGAAAAGUCAGUUUUAAGCAAACCAUCCAAAUCUAAUGAAUUCAUUUUCCUUGAACUCUUCCAACCGCUCACGGAAAGAGAACAGAUUAAGCUGAAUGAGGUGAUUGCGGAAGUGAGCAGGAAAAACAGGUCACCAGAUCUGUCUGACUUCUUGUCUUGGAAGCAUGCAUUACCUUUGUUUAAGGACUUGUCGCCUGAAGAAAGCUCCUUUAUGAAUUGUUGCCAGGCUUCGUUUCAGCAGCAGCUGCAGAAGGACAGCAUUCCAGUUCUCAUGGACCCCCUACCUCAGGAACCAAAAGUAAAUGUCACCAGGCCGAGUUAUGCUCUGUUGCAGAAGCAAAAUCGUGGUAGCUAUUCCAUUUCGCUCUCAUCUAAAUCAGACGAUGAAUGGAAAGAAAUAAAAGAAACAGGACCAGUUCAGAACUUGAUAGUUUAUCCUCCCCCACCUACAAAAGGAGGACUGGGUGUAACAAGAGAAGAUCUAGAGUGUUUAGAGUAUGGAGAAUUCCUCAAUGAUGUCAUCAUCGACUUCUAUCUUAAAUAUCUUCUGUUGGAGAAAGCACCAAAGCAGCUUGCAGAGCGGUCACACGUUUUUAGCAGCUUCUUCUAUAAGUGCCUGACCAGGACAGAAAAAAACUCUGAAGAAGAUCCCAAACUUUCUGUGGCACAAAGAAGGCACAAAAGAGUAAGGACAUGGACUCGGCAUAUAAACAUCUUUAAUAAAGAUUACAUCUUUGUGCCUGUUAAUGAGGAGUCUCAUUGGUACAUUGCAGUUAUCUGCUUUCCUUGGUUAGAAGAAGCAGUAUAUGAGGACUUUCCAGAUCAGGGUUCACUGAAGUCUCAGACUCAGCAAUCCUUUCUUCAGUCUGAAAAAAAGAGAGAAACUGUUAGAACCAACACAGUGCUGGUCUUCAAUGAUAAUUGGAAGGAUGAAGAAGAACUGGAUGUAAAGAGUAGUUGUCAUUCAGAAGGUAAAGAUUGCCAUACUUCAUCUCCAAACUUGGAGUCAGAGGAUUUUGCAAGCACUUUAAAUAAUUCCAUUUUAAAGAAAGUUUGUAGAAGGCCGUGUAUACUCAUCUUGGAUUCCUUGAAAGCAAGUUCUGUGCAGAACACAGUUCAGAUCUUGAGAGAGUACUUGGAAAUAGAGUGGGAAGCUAAACGAAAAACACACCGGGAAUUCAGCAAAUCAACGAUGCUGGAUUUCUGUCCCAGAGUCCCGAAACAGGAUAACAGCAGUGAUUGUGGGGUGUACUUACUGCAGUAUGUGGAAACCUUCUUCCAGGAUCCUGUUGUUAAUUUUGAGCUGCCGAUGCACUUGGAGCGGUGGUUCCCUCGUCGUGUGGUGAGGAGCAAACGGGAAGAAAUUCGAGACCUCAUCUUGCAACUGCACUUGCAACAGCAAAGUGGCAGCAGCAGCUAAUGAAUCUGUUCAGCCAAACCUGGCAAACAUUACUGAAUAAAAUACUGGAAAGCUGCUUAGAAGCAUUUAGACUCUCCCUCGUGAGACCGGAAAAAAAUGCCACAUAGUAUUUUUAUUUGGUUGGUUGUUGUAAGUUUAUUCUGAGGCUUUAUUUUUGAAUCAUAUGGGGCUGGGGGCAGGGUGUAGAUAAAAAGUAAAUAUGUAAUUUAAAGUUAAUAUUUGUUGGCUAACUGAAUUUUCACUUGGAAUCUGCAAGCAGCAUACAGGUAUGUGCUGCAAAGAUUUGAAAAUAUUUUAAUUCUAAGGAGUGAGUUCUUCUCCGUUUGUUACAUUCAUGUAACUCUGGGAACUGAGUGAGCGUAUAGGUGUCAUUUGUGAUGCCUCCUUGUUUAAUGUGAUGAUCUCAGACCUGUAUUGUAACUUUUCCUACUUUGCAAUUCUCGUGUAUAGUAUGAAUACUAUGUAUUUUUUAGUUUGAGAAUACAGUACUGAAUCUCUUUAGAGAUGCAUUUUGUGGUAUACUGUACUUUUUAAUAAACUGAGUCAGGAGUAACCUGCAUCCAACAGACCAGCCUGUUGAGUUGAAAUUGAUGUUUAAGUGUUUCCAUCAUAAAACUGACUUUCAAAGGAGUUGAAAACAUAUGUUCCAGGAUGAAGCUAGAA